AUGCCCAUGAAAAGCAUGGUUGAGGAUGUGAAGAAAGAUAGAAAAAGAAAUGGAAGGAAUAGCCAUGAAAGAACUUGGAAGAAGGGGGCUUUGCAAGAAAGAUGUGAGGAGAAGAAGUCUAGCAGCCUAAAUGAUAUCGAGGAGUUUGGAAAUGAAGUGAGAAGUAGUAAAAGGAAAGGAGAUGGAAACCAUCUGUGUAUCAAAGACAAUGAAAAAGAAGAAAAGAGAACAGAAAGCAUCACAUCCGGUGAAACAUCUUCAUCGAACAGGAGUUUGGAAGAAAGUAUAAAAAGAUUAUUAACAAAGGAUGUAAGGCCAACAGAUAACAUCAGGUGGGAAAUGUUUGGGUUAAGACCGCUACUCUUGAAAAGAAUAUAUACCAUUGGAUAUGAAUUCCCUUCACCUGUUCAAGCGGCAUCGAUUCCACGUGCUCUGAAGGGAAGGAAUCUGCUAGUCAGAUCCAAGAAUGGGACCGGGAAAACGGCAUCCUAUGUAAUUCCUAUGCUCAAUGCAAUAAACCCUGAUGAGUUGAGCAUCCAGGGAAUUAUUUUGGUUCCCAUAAGGGAGCUUGCGUUACAGAUAUCAAGGAAUGUUAAAAGAUUAUCUGAAGGUAUGGGAGUUGCAUCUGUACCCGUUGUUGGAGGGACGAAUAUGCAGGAUGAUAUCAUAAGGGUAUCAAACGGAGUCCAUGUGAUGGUAGGAACACCGGGAAGGAUAGUGGAUUUAGUAGAAAAGAAAAUUGGAGUGAUUUCAAAGAAGGUCAUACUAGUAUUUGAUGAAGCAGAUAAGUUACUUGAUGUGACAUUUGGAGAAACUGUUACCAGACUUCUGGAGCUACUACCAAGAGAAAGACAGAUCUUACUGUAUUCAGCAACAUUCCCUUAUUUUGUUACAGGGUUUAUUAAAAGGUACAUGAGAGAUCCACUAUGCAUAAACCUUAUGAAGGAGCUUGCGCCUAUAGGAAUCAAACAGUUCUAUACGCAGGUGAAGCCCUCUGAAAAGCUUAUAUGCUUGAGGUCCCUUCUUUUGAAGCUAAAGAUCAAUCAGUGUGUGAUAUUCUGUAACAAUAUCAGAACUGUAGAACUUCUUGCCAUGAGAAUCACUGGAAUGGGAAUGCCUUCUUAUUUUAUCCAUUCGAAGAUGACACAGGAGGACAGAAACAUAGUAUUUCACAACUUUCUAAAAGGAAAGUGCAAGAUUCUAGUUGCAACAGACCUCAUUACACGCGGAGUAGAUGUUCCAAAUACAAACUAUGUAAUCAAUUUCGAUAUUCCUAAAUCUCCUGAGUCCUAUCUCCACAGGAUUGGAAGGGCAGGGAGAUUUGGAACCCGUGGUGUUGCAAUAAGCUUGGUUACGAUUGAAGAAAGAGAAAUGCUAGCGGACAUAGAGGCAAAGUUAGGAAAAGAAAUAUCUCCUCUUUCUGAUGGAGGUCUAAACCGCUUGUAUGAAAGUAACAUAGACAAGGAUCAAGAAUAA